AAAAUCCCUGCUUUGCAGAGCACAGACGGGGACGCCAAUCUAACCCUUGGUAAGAGCACACUGGAGCAAAACAAUGCCAAAGGCUCCUGGGUGAGCUUGAGCCAGAGUACUGUGGUGCUGGGCACAGAUGGCAACACUUCUGUUCUUCCCGGCAGAGUGGAGGGGGUAACCAUGCCUCCAUACGAUGUAGGGGAUGAAAAUAAAGCCCGAGGGAACUGGUCUAGCAAGCUGGAUUUCAUCCUCUCCAUGGUGGGUUAUGCAGUGGGGCUGGGCAAUGUCUGGAGGUUCCCGUACCUGGCCUUUAAGAAUGGGGGAGGUGCGUUCCUCAUCCCCUAUUUGAUGAUGCUGGCUCUGGCCGGGAUCCCCAUUUUCUUCCUGGAAGUCUCCCUGGGGCAGUUUGCUAGUCAGGGGCCCGUGUCAGUCUGGAAAGCCAUCCCCGCCUUGCAAGGCUGCGGCAUUGCGAUGCUGAUCAUCUCCGUCCUGAUAGCCAUAUACUACAAUAUUAUCCUCUGCUACACACUUUUCUACCUUUUCGCUUCCUUUGUACCUGUGCUACCUUGGGCUUCCUGUAACAACCCGUGGAACACGCCAGACUGUAAAGAUAAAAACAAACUUUUGUUAGAUUCCUGCAUUAUUGGUGACCACCCCAAAAUACAAAUCAAGAACUCCACUUUCUGUAUGAGUGCCUAUCCAAACUUGACUAUGGUUAACUUCACCAGUGAAGGAAACAAAACCUUUGUCAGUGGAAGUGAAGAAUACUUCAAAUAUUUUGUAUUGAAGAUUUCGGCAGGGAUUGAAUAUCCUGGUGAGAUCAGAUGGCCCUUGGCACUGUCUCUUUUCCUAGCUUGGGUGAUUGUAUAUGCCUCCCUUGCUAAAGGAAUCAAGUCAUCAGGAAAAGUGGUGUACUUCACAGCUACAUUCCCUUAUGUGGUUCUCAUCAUCCUUCUUAUAAGAGGAGUAACUCUACCUGGAGCUGGAGAUGGAAUCUGGUACUUCAUCACACCAAAAUGGGAGAAGCUGAUUGAUGCUAUGGUUUGGAAAGAUGCUGCCACUCAGAUUUUCUUCUCCUUAUCUGCAGCAUGGGGAGGUCUAAUUACUCUCUCUUCUUACAACAAAUUCCAUAAUAACUGCUACAGGGACACACUGAUAGUCACAUGUACCAACAGUGCCACAAGUAUAUUUGCAGGCUUUGUCAUCUUCUCAGUGAUUGGCUUCAUGGCAAAUGAGCUCAAAGUGAACAUCGAAGCUGUGGCAGACCAAGGUCCUGGAAUUGCUUUUGUGGUUUAUCCAGAAGCCUUAACCAGGCUCCCCCUCUCUCCAUUCUGGGCUAUAAUAUUCUUUUUGAUGCUUCUGACGCUGGGAUUGGACACUAUGUUUGCCACUAUCGAGACUAUAGUGACCUCUGUUUCAGAUGAGUUCCCCAAAUACUUGCGCACGCACAAGGCACUGUUCACUCUUGGGUGCUGCGUCUCCUUUUUCAUCAUGGGAUUUCCUAUGAUCACUCAGGGUGGAAUGUAUAUGCUACAGCUCGUGGACACCUAUGCAGCUUCUUACUCUCUUGUCAUCAUUGCCAUCUUCGAGCUUGUUGGAGUUUCCUACAUAUACGGAUUGCAGAGGUUUUGUGAAGACAUAGAGAUGAUGAUUGGAUUCCAGCCAAGUAAAUUCUGGAGAGUCUGUUGGGCGUUUGUGACCCCAACUAUUUUAACAUUUAUUCUUUGCUUCAGUUUUUACCAAUGGGAGCCAAUGACAUAUGGAGCUUACCACUACCCAGGCUGGUCCAUGGUGCUCGGAUGGCUGAUGCUGGCCUGCUCGGUUAUCUGGAUCCCUGUUAUGUUUGUGAUAAAAAUGCAUCUAGCCCCAGGCAAAUUUAUUGAGCGGCUCAAGCUGGUGUGCUCUCCACAGCCUGACUGGGGUCCGUUUUUGGCCAAGCACCGCGGUGAACGUUACAUGAAUAUGAUUGAUCCACUGGGAACCUCCUCCCUGGGACUUAAACUGCCAGUGAAGGAUAUAGAACUGGGGACCCAAUGCUAA